AUGUUUACAAACAGAGUUCAUUUAUUUCCCAUUUCAAGCGAUUUUUAUCAAUCGAUUUUUAAGAGCCUCAAUGUACGCUCCCGGCUUACCGUAGCAAUGCACCAGCAGGCAAAUAGACGCGUGGAAAAUCGAAAUAAAUUGAUUGAGACUUAUUUGCGGUUAUACAUUAUUGAAAACUCCCAGUGGCCGACUUUACUUCCCAUCGCGGAGUUUGUCCUUAAUUCCCAACCGCUGACCAGUUUGGACCAUAAGAGUUCCUCUGAGGUGGAUCUUGGUUAUGUUCCUUAG